AUGGGCACCCACGAGGGGAAUCGGCGCAGGGUGGAACUGUCGAAGAGGAGGACCUUCGGGGAGUCCUUGAAGGCGUCUCUGAAGGACAUCUUCUUCCCCGACGACCCAUUCCGGCAGCUCCUUGGCCAGCCGCCGUGGAGCAGGGCGUGGAGGGCCCUCAAGUACGUCGUCCCCUUCCUCGAGUGGGCGCCCAACUACACCCUCCACAAGCUCCGUUACGACGUCCUCGCCGGCAUCACCAUCGCCGGCCUCGCUAUCCCCCAGGGAAUCAGCUACGCCCGCCUCGCAGACCUCCCUCCCAUCUACGGUCUCUGUGAGUAUAACAACUGCCACGCAGGUUUAUAGAGAGAGAAAGAGAGAGAGAGAUAAUGCCGGUUUCUUCCUGUAGAUCCGAGCUUUGUGCCGCCGUUGGUCUACGCCCUGUUCGGGAGCUCCAAGGACUUGGCCGUGGGCCCCGUCGCCGCCGCGUCGCUGCUGCUGGCGUCCAUCAUCGGGGAGGCGGUGCAACCCGAAGAGAACCCCUCUUUGUACCUGCACCUCUUCUUCACUGCGGCGUUCUUCACGGGUGUUUUCCAAUUGGCGUUAGGUUUGUUCAGGUGGGCCUUGGGUUUCUUUCACGGAAGAGGCCGAGAUUCAAGGUUUCCGCCCACGACAAGGAUCUGAUCGGGGUUUCUGGUGGCAGGCUGGGAAUCCUGGUCGACUUCCUGUCGCGGUCGACGAUAGUAGGGUUCAUGGGAGGGACGGCGUGCAUCAUCAUACUGCAGCAACUCAAAGGAAUGUUGGGGUUGCGGCAUUUCACCACAAGCACUGAUCUCAUCUCCGUCAUGAGAGCCAUCUUCAACCAGACUCAUGAGGUUAGCCCUACGAUCCUCGUCCCGGGGAUUCCAUAACCGCCCUGAUCUGCUUCUUAGAUCGGACAUCUCUCUCUCUCUCCCUUUCUCUCUCUCUCUCCUGGGAACACGUCUACUCGCUCUGCGGUUAACACGGCCGUUGACCGGCGGUGGAACCGUUCCGGGAACCGGCGUUACAGUCGGGAUCUCAUCGGCAAACUGAGAGAGGAUGGCAGGCAUCUCCUGAAGCUAUAUCCUCGUAAAUAAUCUCGUGGUGGCUCCUUCUACAGAUGUAUAACCGAGCCUUCCGAUGAGUGAAUCAGUCUGCAUUAACUAUUAUUCUUCUGAGUGAUAUGCAGUGGAGAUGGCAGAGCUCGGUGCUGGGCGUAGGCUUCCUCUGCUUUCUCCUCUCGACGCGCUAUCUGGUAAUAAGAGAGCCGAGAGGGAUUCGCAGGGCUUAGCGUAAUCCAAAUGUUCUAAACCAAUUAAUCCUUUCUUCUCAUACGCUUCUUCUUCUCCUCCUCCUUUCCCUCCUCGUCCUUCCCACAAAAUGCAGAAGACAAAGAAACCGAAACUUUUCUGGGUCUCCGCCAUCUCCCCGCUUCUGGUGGUGAUAAUCGGCGGAGCCAUCGCCUACGCUGUGCACGGGGAGAACGAAGGGAUCCCCACAGUUAAUCUCCUCCCCAUUUCUCUCUCCAAUACUACCUCUUUCGGCAAUCAUCCAGGGCAUUGACCAUACACCCGGUUUCGUUUUCUGGGUCGUCAUUGAUCCUAAUAUUCUGACAAACUUGGUUCUUUCCUACUUGGCCACAUAUUCUACUUUCCUUAAGGUCGGUCCUCUGAAGAAGGGUCUUAACCCGCUGUCCAUUGGAACACUGAACUUCGAACCCCGCUACCUGACGACUACCUUGAGGGCGGGCGUCAUAUCCGGCACCCUUGCGCUGGCAGUAAGACUCUUGACCUCUUUCCGGCUACCGCGGCCGCAGGGCGUGCCGUAAGACCGUCUCCUCGUGGACUCGCAGGAGGGGAUAGCCGUUGGACGGAGCUUCGCCAUGUUUAAGAACGACCAGAUAGACGGGAACAAGGAGAUGGUAGCCUUUGGGAUGAUGAACAUCGCGGGCUCCAUGACUUCCUGCUAUUUGACAACCGGUGCGUACUCUACUCUCUUGUCAAAGUUUGUCAUAUUCUUCUUCGGGAUUAAUUAAGAUGAAAUCUAUGCUCUGCGAGUGUAGAUAUAAUUUACUUACAGACAUCUUCUUUACUAGAUUGAUGCUAUAAUGUGAUUGAUUACAUGUUUUUCGUUACAAAGAGCGUUGACCGCCGAUUCGAUAGUAUGGAUCUGAGGGUUGAGGUGUGAUAAAGUAGGGUUUAUACUUGGUCUGGAGAGUGCGUUGACCGUGGGUCGGUAAGUAUUGAUCUACGUUAGUCUUGUCGUCAAUGGGUUUAACACGUUGACAGAUAUAAAGAAAUGAAGCAGAGAUUCUGCCCAGACAUGAAAGUGCGUUGACUGUGGUGUUGGGACCGUCACGUAGGCCCCUUUUCAAAGUCAGCAGUCAACUACAGCGCCGGGUGCCGGACGGCGAUGUCGAACGUGGUGAUGUCCGCGUGCGUGAUGAUGGUCCUCCUCCUAUUGGCGCCGCUCUUCCAGUACACCCCCCUCGUGGCCCUCUCGGCCAUCAUCAUCACGGCCAUGGUAGGGCUGAUCGAGUACGAGGAGGUCUACCGCCUCUUCAAGGUGGACAAGUUUGACUUCUGCACCUGCAUGGCGGCCUUCAUCGGCGUCGUCUUCUUCAGCAUGGACAUCGGCCUCGCCGUCUCUGUAAGUCUUUUCCCCAACUCCCACAAAUUCAACCCACAAAUAUAGUACAAUAAUCCCACAUUGACCAUGGUUCUUUGUCAUAUGGAUGACCCUUACUGUCUGUAAUCUAUACGACGUGAAACAGGUCGGCAUUUCGGUUCUCCGAGCUCUUCUGUAUGUGGCCAGGCCGGUCCCCUGCAAGCUCGGUCGCCUUCCGGGAGCGGCGGCGUUUCGCGACGUUGAGCAGUACCCUGAUUCGCAGCCGGUUCCCGGCGUGCUCGCAGUACAGCCGAGCUCCCCGAUCUACUUCGCCAACUCCGGCUAUAUUAGACAGAGGUUUUGUGCUCGUCGACUCCCUCCACCCCCGCAAAUGAUCGGACCUUCUGUUUGCGAUAAAUUGUGGACUGACCUGCUCUUGACUAGGAUUCUGAGGUGGGUCGAGGAGGAAGCGGAGGGAUCGAGAGGGAAGGAGGAUGAGCUGCACUACGUCGUGCUUGACAUGGGAGGUGGGCCUCGGGUCGCCGAAGGGUGCCGUCGACUGAUUCUUUUUGAAGGCCCGGUGAAAUUUUGAUCAUCGAUGGGAGCUUAUGAUAAUGAUGAUAAUGAUGGUCAUGCAGGCGUCUCCUCCAUCGACAAGACGGGGAUCGAGAUGCUGCAAGAACUCCAGGCAACUCUCGAUAGAAGGGAGAUCAAGGUACAGUCUCCAUUGUCUGGAACUGUCCGGCCCAGCCCCGAUGAGAGAGAGAGAGAUGGGCUCGGUCGGACCGGACACCAACGACCCUGAAUAUAUGCAAUCGUUCUGAUCCUUUUCCUAAAAAGGUUUGGUUGUCUCACCCUUCCAGCUGGCGAUGGCGAACCCAAGGAUAGAGGUGGCAGAGAAAAUGGUGGCUUCAAACUUCAUUGGGAGGAUCGGAAGCGACUGGGUCUUCCUCUCGGUCGAGGAGGCAGUGGAGGCCUGUCGCUUCGUCAUGCACGAGACACCACCACCCGCAGAUGGACCUCAGAGAUCCUAG